GUGCGCGGCUAGUUCCAUUGGCCUGGCCACCUGAAAAGUCCCCAACGCGGCUCAAACGUUAACGGAAUUUAAAGUCGAGGGAAAGAGAAGAAAACAGAAACUGCAUCAUUUGCAUAAAGCAAAUAGAAAACGUAACGAAAAUACGACAAAAGUUGAUUCGGAUUGUGUGUUGUUUCAUGUCGCAUUUCUGACAUUUUUUCGCGCUACCAUUUCUGGGAUUAUUUCCCCAGAGACGUGUUUUAUACUUACGGACAAUAGUGCAUCGACAUUGAAUUGAAUUGACUGGAAAGCAAUAAUAUUAAUAAUAACACUUGAUUGAACAAACAUUGUAUCCGGAAUUACCGAGUGAAUCAUGCGUGUUUCAUUGGCAGUUUGGGGCACUUUGUGCCUGUGGGUGGUCGCAGCAAAUGCUCAAGGAUUUAUUCCACCGCCCAAUGUUGGGCCCCACAAUGGGCCGCCCUUUCAUAACUCGCAACGCCGCCAGCUGAAUCUGCAGCAGUACAACCAGCAAAACUUUGUCCAGGCGGGUGUGGAGCUGCCCAUUCCUCACCGUCCGCAGCAACAGCACACACACCUUCACCACCAGGCCCCGCAGCAGCAACACCGCUUUGGGCAGUUCCCACACCAGCCACAGCAGCAGCAUCAGCAGCAGCAUCAGCAGCCCCACAGCAAUCAGCAGUUCCAGCGCUCGACCCAAAACCAACUGCAGACUGCUCCACAGUUCCCCCAGCAGCAGCAGCAGUUGUCCCCACCAGUCGGAGGCAUUGAUCUGCAUCAUCAGAACUUCUUGGACUUGCGCAACUUUGCUGGUUCCCAGCAGCAGCAUCCGCAACAGCAGCAGCAGCAGCAGCAGCAGCGUCACAAGCAAUUCGAUUCCCGUCUGCAGUCCACUGCUUUUCCGCCCCAACCCUCGCUGGAAACUUACCAACAGCAGCAGCAGCAUCAGCAGCAGUUUGCCUACCAGCAGACGCAGCCAUUUGGACCCCAAGUGCUGCCCCAGACCACCCAGAAGCUGCCCAGCCAGGCACCAGUGCCCACCUUUCAGACCAUUUCCCAGCCACAGCAGCAGCAGGGGCAGUUCAACUAUCAGCAGCAGGCCACGCAGCAGCAGCCACAGCAGUAUCAGCUGACUCCCCAGCUGGGAUUGCCCGUGCCCCAGAUCUUUAGCAACCUGCAGGCAACUCCCUUCCCAGAGCCCACCCGAGGAACCUUCCAGCCACAACCUCAGCAGCAGCCUCAGCAGCAGCCCCAGUUCCAGCACCAAUUCGUGAACGCCCAGGCACCAGUCCAGACUCAGAGCCAGCCCUCCGACCAGGAGUAUAAGCAGAAGCUGAUCCAGAAGCACGAGCAGUUCGUUGCCAAGCAGUAUGAGAAGCAGCAGCACAAGGUGCGCCAGCAGCACGAGGAGUUCCUGGUUAAGCAGCAUCAGAUCAAGCAGCACAUCCUGCCCACGAUCAUCACGCAGCACAAUGGCAACUAUCAGCACUCACCCUAUGUGGGAGCACCGGCUCGUGGAAGGCCUGUGGCCCAUCCCACCGAAUACAACCAGUUUAAUAGCGCCCUGCAGCAGUACUACAAGGAGCACCCGACGACGACAACGACCACUACCACCACGACCACGACAACAGAGGCAACCACCACUCCAAAGAAGAAUAUUUACGCUCAGGUGAAGUCGGAACUGGGCAAGUAUCCCAGUCAGAAGAGCAAGAAGCCGGUAAAGACCAUUGCACGCGAGGAUCUACUCAAACAGCUAAAGGCUGCCCUGUCCGAGGCUCCACAGCAGCCGCUGACUGGCAACAAGACCUAUGAUGAAAUGGACCUGGUGUUGCCCAACGGCCAGAGGGUUCAGGUUAUCCGUACCACAGAUCCGAACCUGGUGCAGGGCCAGAAGGCCUACUCCCAGGAGCAGCUGCAGACCCUUCUCGCCCAGCAGGCUUUGGGUGGUGAUGCUAAGCUCAGUCUGAGCGAUGUGGCCCCUAGCAAGAGCAAGGACCUUGAGCUGCCAGGUGGUGGUAAGGUGCAGAUACUGCGAUCCCCCGAUCCUCAGGAGUCCGACACGCUGCCUGCAGGUGGCCUUCCUGGUGGCGUGGACCUCUCCAGCUUGGCUGCUCUCUAUGGCGGCGGAGCAGGUGACAUCCAGGGUAUCAGCAGUGGGGCUAACAGCAUUGCCAGCUCAGCAGUGAUUACCUCGGACUCGGAUGAUCCACCCUCCCUGGAAGAGCUGGCCAAGCGUGGUCUCAUCCCCGAUGGUUACGAGAUCGAGGGCCUCAGCUCUAAGUCGCAGGCGCCAGCCACCCCUGCCCCACCCACUCUACCGCCUAAGAAGAAGGCCACCUAUGUGUACCUUGAGGAGCAGGCCGAUGGCAGCUUCAAGAUUCAGGGAGUUAAGGCCAAUGGCGAGAAGGAAACCAAGCAAACGGGUAGCGAGGUGGAGAGCAUUCUAGAACGCAUCAGGAGCGGAGAGAUCAAGCUGCCGCCUUCCGUUUCGCGUCUGACUUUGCCUAAUGACGAACUCGUGGAGAUUAAGAGCGGCAAGAUCAUCCAGACUACGCGGGCUCCAGUCACAACCUCCACUAGCACCACCACAACCACGACAACCACCACCACUCCAACGCCCUUCGUUUCCCGGGGAACGCCCAGCAACCACCGGCAAUACCAUCCAUCGAGGACUUCGACCACAACCACAACUUCCGCCCCAACCACAGCUCGCAUCAAUCUGGUGUUCGAGAGCAGCACUCCCAAUGCUGCCAGCCUGAUUCGCACCACUCCAGCUCCCGUGUACAGUGGUUCCACGGUGACAGGUUCCCCGUAUCUGGGAGGAGCCUCGACCCACUUGCCAGUGGUCACAGAGCGGCUGUCCGACAUCGUCAAUAGCCCCGACAUACUGCCACCCGUGCCCCAGUACGCCGAUGCCCUCGUCCAGGAGACGGAGAAUACCGAGAAGGCGGCGCAAGCCAGUCCUGUGGCCAGCUCUGUGCUGUCCAACCCCAGCGAGGAUCUACUCCAGAUUCUGAAGUCGAACGGCCUGUUUGCCAUGGCCAAGUACCUGCGCCAGUCGGGACUGGACAGCAUACUCAACGAGACCGGACCUUACACCAUCUUUGUGCCCACAGACAAGGCCUUUAAGAACCUGUUGGUUCAGUUGGGCGGACCAGAACGGGCCGAGGAGAAGUUCCAGUCCAAUCCCAGGCUAUUAAGUGGGCUGCUGCUCCAUCAUGUGAUUCCGGGAGCUUUUGAAAUCGCCACCUUGCAGGACGAGAUGACCGGUGUGUCCCUGGCUGGAACUCAACUGCGAGUUAAUCAGUACAACAUGCACGACCAGGAGUGGAACGAUGUUACUCUCACCACCAUCAACGGAGCCAUGGUUGUGUUGAAUAAAAAGGACAUCAAGAUCCCACAGGGUGUGGCCCACGCUGUCGAUCGCGUCAUGUUCCCCUUGCCCGUCGGAGACUUACUGCAAACCCUGCAGUCUGAUCGCGAGGGUCGCUUCAGCAAUUUCCUUAAGAUUCUGUACACCUCUGGACUGUCUGAGAAGUUGCAGAGCAAGGGUGUAAAGACUUAUACAGUCUUCGCCCCCGUGGACAAGAGUUUCAGCGAGCUGGACUCGGACACACUGGAGAAGCUCUACAAUGACAAGGAGGCCGCAGAGCAGUUCGCAAUGAAGCACAUCGUGCCGGGGGCUCUCUUCUCUGCCGGAAUGCGGUUCUACCAGGUCAAGGACUCGCUAUUCACAGGCAAGACCGUCAUCCUGCAGAAGACAUCGGCUGGCAAGAUCAAGGUGAACGAUGCCCAGAUGGUCACGUCGAAUAUUCCAGCCACCAAUGGAGUGAUCCACGCUCUGGAUGGAGUCCUGGCGUGAACAGAUGCACUCUGUUGCAAAGUUUUUGUUUAGCCCGUAAGGUUUAGGCUAAGCUAGGAGGAGUCUUCAUCAACCACAUCGAAAAUUGUUAGUGAAAUCUUGCCAAAGUCCUUGGCUGGGCUUAAGAAAUUGCAAUCUUGUAUAAACCUGGUGCGAAUCGAUCGAGCUUAAGAGAAUCAUACAAACAAUUGGUGCUUCCACGAACUUUUCUGUAUUUCUCUCUUUCGCCUUCACAAAACAGUCAUUAAAAAUAGUUCAAUUUAAGGAAGAAACUGAAGUGUGUAAAAAAGCCUACAAGAAAUGGAAUCUGACCGGGAUCUAAGUUAAGUUCAUAUCUAAUUUAUUUUUGGCCUUAA